AUGGCCAUUAAGCGUCGCGAUAUCUAUGAUGAAUGGCUUUUUGCCCGCCAGGUCAUGAAGGGAGGACACAAGGGCGAGGAGGAGGAGAAGAGGAGGACUUCAUCAGUCAGAAGCUCCGGGAGCGAGAAUCCUUCUUCAUCCAAACUAGAAGAAGAAGAAGAAGAAGAAUUUCCCGGAGCCGAGCCGGGAGCGAAGCGCUUGGAGGCCCGAGCUGGAGGAGCCUUCCUUGGAUUGAAGGAGCCACUCGAGGACCUGAUGAUGCUUUAUUUGGCUGAAGGACCUUUGAGUGGACUACAGGAUUUAAACUUUAUAGCUGAGGAACCUGUUGUUCCUGAAAUUAUUGUUGAUGAACUGGACAACUUUUGGACGCCCGGCAGGGCCGUUGCCAUCACUUGUAUGAGUGUGGCCUUGUUGGCUGGCCUGGCGGUGGCUGUUUACCGGAGAUGUCGACGACUAGGAAAUUACAUUCACGAACUGGAAGAAGACCUGAAAAUGGAACGAACCGAGGUGGCCAGACUGAGAGAUCGUCUGGAAACUCAAGAAGAAGGAAACUUGAAGAAGGAGGAACGCCUGGACGAGAUGAUCCAUGACAUCCAGUUGAUGGAACUCCAGCGAGGACGUCUGGACACCGAGAAGAUGAUGUUGGAAGACGUUCUGGAAAAGAGUAAGAUCAAGGAAUCUGAAAUGAAACGUCUCUUGAACGAAGCAAAGGAACAGAUAGAGUUUCUACAAAAUCAAAUUGUAGACAAAGAUCUUCUGAUAGAACGGAAUGUGCUAGAAAGAAAAGAAAUGGAAAAUCGACUGGAAGAAGAGGCGAAAUCUAGAGGCAGAGACAUCCAGAUUCUGGAAAAAGAGAGGAAUCUUUUCCAGGAGAAGAUGGAAAGCGCUCUGAAGGAAGGAACAGAACUGGCCUCGCGAUUAAAGGAAGCUGAAGCCACCAAUCAAGUGUUGGCUUCAGCGAACGAAGGCUUCAACAGGGCAAAUGCCCAAAUGCGAGACACUCUGGAAAAGAAAGAGAAGGAGGUCGACCAGCUGGAAAAUUUGAAGGAAGUCUCUGCACAAGAAAUGGCCUGUCUGCAAAAGAGGAAUGGAGAUCUCAAGAAGGAAAUCGAAAAGAAUCAGGAUGAAAAGGAGAAGAACAGAGUUUUGAACGACGAAGUUCAGCAAUUGAGAAACUGGGUUGCUGAACUAGGAGGUCAAAACGUUAAGAUGGAGGAGGAACUGGCCAGUAAAGAAAUAGAGAUAAAUUCACUGAAGGAUUCUUUACAAAAUGGAGAAGCAGAGAAUACAAUUUUGAAAGAAGAAGUUCAGCAGAUGAGAACUUGGGUAGCUGAACUAGGUGGCCAGAAUGCCAAGAUGGAGGAGGAACUGGCAGGUAACGAACAGGAAAUAAAGUUGCUAAAGAAUUCCCUAGAAAAUAGAGAAGGAGAGAACCAAAUUUUGAAAGGAGAGGUUCAGCAGAUGAGAAACUGGGUAGCUGAACUGGGCGGUCAAAACACUAAGCUGGAGGAAGAAUUGGCCGAUAAAGAACUGAAGAUAAAAUCACUGAAGAAAUCCCUAGAAAAUGGAGAAGGAGAGACACGAAUCUUGAAAAAAGAAGUUCAGCAAAUGAGAACUUGGGUAGCUGAACUAGGUGGCCAGAAUGCCAAGAUGGAGGAGGAAUUGGCCAGUAACGACCAGGAAAUAAAUUCACUAGAGGAUUCUUUAGAGAAUGAAAAGAAGAGGAACAGAAGUUUGAUUGAAGAAGUUCAGCAGAUGAGAAAUUGUGAAGCUGAACUAGGAGGCAAAAAGGCCAAGUUGGAAGAAGAGUUACUUCAUAAAGAACAGAAAAUAAAUUCACUGAAGAAUUAUUUAGAAAAUGGAGAAGAGACCAACAGAAUUCUGAGAGCAGAAGCUCAGCUGAUAAGAAAUUGGGCAACUGAAGUUGAAAGUGAAAAGGCUGAAAUAAAGAUAGAGUUAGUUGAGAGGGACAAAGAAAUAACUCUUUUGAAAAACUGUUUAGAAAAUGAAGGAGAAAAUAACAGAAUUUUGAAAGAGGAAUUUGAGCAGAUGAAGGCGUGGCUGGCUGAAUUGGAAGGUAUAAAUUUAGAUAUUAAAAGUGAAGUGAACCAAAAGGAUAAAAUGAUAAAGUCCAUGGAGAAUGCUCUAGAGAACGAAAAGGAGAGAAAUAAAGUGUUAAAGAAAAAGUUGUUGAAGCAAGUUGAAAGACUUGAUCAAAUCAUAGCAUUCACCGGAACCAUGGACAAAUAA